GAGCUGUCGGAGCUCUCGGACCUGACUCGUGUUUCCUAGAGGAUGGAUCCCUCGGAGAUGCAGCGGAUUCUGACGAGCGGAGCAUAAAAUGAGCGACGAUGAAGACUGUACACAGGAAGCACACCAUCAUCAAAGCCUUCAGCAGAACCAGAACUCAGCACAGUGACGUGUACCGGGAGGACAAUGCAUCCCAGAAUGCUUUGCUCAUCAUGGAGGACCACGUGCACCUCACUGUGGGCUCGGAGACCCAGGAGAGAGUUGUCCUCCUGUUCACCGACUCGCUCAUCAUCGCCAAAACCAAGUCUCUGUACCCGAAGAUAAAAGCUCGUGUGAGCCUCGGUGAUGUUUGGGUCGCUUCCUGUAUCCAGCAUGUCACCAGCAGGAAGUUCAGCACCAAGAACUCGUUUGUGAUUGGCUGGCCACCAACCACCAACUACGUCAUCACCCUGAGCUCUUCAGAGAAGAAGGAGAAAUGGCUCUGUGCAUUACAGUGGCACAGCAGGAGAGCGCGGCAGACAGUAAUCCCUAACGGAAUGACUCUGAACGUUCAGAUGUUCGACUCAGUCGUGACAGCACCGGUGAGCGCCGACGUCCAUUCUACAGCCGAGAACGUCGUCCAGAGCGUGAUACAGAGGAACGCUCUUCCGGGUUCGGUCUCGGACUACCAGCUCUGCGUGGAGUACGACGGCGAGGAGGAAACGCACCCGCUUAUCGGUUACGAGCUCCCGUACUGCAUCCUGCUGCAUUCCUUGCGAGGUCAGAGGUCACCGCACAUGCUCAACAGCCACUGGUGGUACAGUGCUGACGAACUGCGCUGUAACGAGACGCCAAAUUCUGCAGCACCUCGAUUCGUGCUGCGGAACAAACCCGCGAUGACCGCCUGCACCAACGCAGGUUCGUCUCUGAGACACAGAAAGAAGAAAUCCCUCAUCGCUUGGUCUCUGAGGAAAGGACUCGUCAGCCAAUCAGAAGCCAGAUUGGAGUCUGAUCCCGCUUCUAAUAGGCUGUUCGGUCAGCCGCUCGAUGCGGUCUGUCAGGACGGUAAUCUGCCUGGACCGGUCACGGAUCUGCUGUGUUUAUUGUACCGUCAGGCCCCGGAGACUCUCGGAAUAUUCCGCCGCUCGGCGAACGCCAGAUCCUGCCGAAUCCUGAAGGAGAAGCUGAACUCGGGCCACCGGGUGUGGUUACGGGGGGAGUGUGUGUUCGUGGCGGCGUCGCUCCUCACGGAGUUUCUGCGUAAGUUACCCGGCAGUGUGUUGGGUUCUGAUCUGUACGAGGAUUGGAUGGAGGUGAUGGAAACAGAAGACCAGCAAGACAGAUGUACACUGGCCAAAAGUGUGUUACUGAAGUUACCCCUGCUGAACCGCACACUGUUGGGGUGUGUGUUUGCCGUACUGUACCGCGUGCACACACACUCGGACGUGAACCAGAUGACGGCGGCCAAUCUAGCGGUGUGUAUCGCGCCGAACAUGCUGUGGAGGACGACGCCCGCCGAGCCUGAACAGGAGAGUCACAACACGCUGCGGGUGGCCGCACUCGUUCGCUUCCUCAUCGAGAACACGCCGUCCGUGUUCGGUGACGAGCUGGAGGAUGAGAUGACGGCGCUCUCGAACGCAGCACAGCAACGUGAUGGACAGACAGCAGACGCCGCUCACGCUCACUCCUCAUCAGAGGAGACGGACCAGGACGCCCCGCCCUCACCGCUGUCUCCUGACGCCGCGACCGUCUGCGACAACGGAAGGUCGUGCUCCUUUAAGGUUGCCACGACAACCACCGACGGGACCGGUGCGUUCGGCCAGUCACGUGACCGCUGCCUCUCCGAACCCUCCGUACGCGCGGACUCUGGGUCUCCGAGCCAGGCUCCGCCCCAUCCUCCCGUCAUCCGCCAAUCCAGCUACGACAACGCCGUGACGGGCGGGAAAAGCGGCCAAUCGCAGGCGUCCGCCAAGUUCAGCCCGCCUUCAUCGAAUCGUAAAGGCGGGGCGGGAAAAGGGCGGCACGCUUUCUGGAAGUCGCCGCAGUUUCCCGCUCGCUUCCGUCACGCCGCUCAGCGGCUGAGCAGCACGUCGCGUUUGGCUAGCGUGUCCAGCCUGUCGUCCACGGCGACCUCGUCUCUCAGCUCGCUCGACAGCUUAGAGCUCAUCCCGAGCCCGAAGCUAAACGAGGACGCCACUCGGCCACGCCCGUUUCUGUUCGGGAGCGCGGCCAGGCUCCGCCCGCUGACCCCGGAGAUGCCGAGGAAGUUGUGGACCAUGGCGUUCACGUACGACGAGACUAUAACGCAGUCCGAGCGUCCGAGCGCUAGCAGCAUUAGCAGCCUCGGUAGCAUCAGCGAAUCCCUGAGUGUGAACCAGCGCGGUCCUGAAACUAGCGACAACAACACAUCUGCUUCCACAGACGAUCUGGUUAGCAUACGUCACAGCAUAUCGAUUAGCCAAUCAGAACAAAGACUCAGCGUGUACGCCAGCGAUCGUAUUAGCCAGAGCGACCACAGAAUUAGCAGCCAAAGUUCGAGCUACGUUCUUGCUAGCAUGAAUCAGUCGGCAGAGAGCAACCCCGCUAGUUUAGACCACAUGGUCAGCGCUAGCAGCAUCGCUAACACCCAGGACGAGCUGCCUGCUAACUCCUGUCACAAGGUUAGCGCUAUCAGGCUAGACAGAAUUAGCGAAUUCAUUAGCCAAAGUGGUAGCGAUGAAAUUAGCAUCUCGGGUGCUAGCAAAUCCGUUAGCCAGAGCGAGCAAAGCAUUUCAUCUGGCGUGAACUUUAGCGAAACGCUUCUCCACAGCGACGUUAGCAAAAAACACAAAGCUAGCAGGAUGAAAAUGACGCUCUUUCCCGCCGUGGGCAGAAUAAUGCCCAGGUUCAAAGGUCACGGUGCGGCGGGGGCGAGGUCAGGUGGCGUAGCGCAGGUGAACGUACCGCAAACUCUGUUCUACAACCAAAAUGCUACGCUAGUGCUUCAAUCACAAGGACAACCGGCUAGGAUUCGUUCUGACGUCGAAACGACGAACGUUGCUAGCGCUUGCGUUAGCAAAGCGACGGAUGGAAAGGCUAGUCACGGAUUUACCAGCGAAGGUUUCUUUAUGAGCGACGGCGAAACUGUUAGUCAAAGCGUGUGUGACGUUAGCCUAAGCGCCUGUGGAACUAGCAAGGGUGCUUCUGCUAGCAUGGUUAGCAACGGCAGCAUAGAAAACACAGACGACACGAAACCCGUGAGCCAAAGUCCCGCCGAUGUUCCUCAGAGCGACAAUGAAAUUAGCAUCAAUGCGUCAGCUAGCGAUGAUGACAGCAAACUGGGCAGGGAUAGCCAGACUGAUCAUACUAUUAGCAUCAACGUUUCUGCUAGCACAAGCCACAACGUUAGCAUUACGGACACAGAAACCAGCGACGGCGAGUCCUUCUGUGUUAGCCAGGCUGGCCAUUCGGUUAGCAUUAGCGAGGUACACAAAAUUAGCCAUAACGUCGGCGCCAGAAGUUCCAUCCGACAGACCGUACGCGUCCGGAUCCCAGCUAGCGUACGCGACACAGUCAGAACGUAUAUAAACCCCGCCCACACGUUAGCGCACACGCACUCUCCCGCCGCCGCACGCGCACCUAGCAGCGUACAAAACAGGACGGCGUUCAGUAGCAACCUUCAGUAAUCCAGUCGUUUCAGACCGCCUGAAGGUGGCGCUGACGCUACCCACAAUUAGCAUCAUACGACAAGCUAACGUAAACGCUCACUCAUUUUUCCGUUAGCUUUCGAACUGAAGAGCUCGGCGGUGGUGGGUUAGCGCAUCGGGCCGCUACGCCACUCGCGCUCACGACUGCUGUGUUUUAUUUCUUUUACUUUAUUACUAACCAUAAUUAUUAGGACACUGUGCACUUUUAUCUCUGUAUUAUAUACAUAGUCCAUAAUAUAAUCACUAGAUAUAUACAAAUAAAUAUAGAUAUACAUACGCACUAUAUAUACUGUAUAUAUAUAUAUACACACCAUAUGUGCCAAAAGUAUUGGGACGCCUGAGCGUGAGCUUAUCAGACGUCACGUUUUAAAAACAAACGCUAUUGAAACAGAGUGAUCAGCUGGAACAGCAGCCGCUCUUCUGAGAAGCUUCUCACAGGACUCUGAAGUGUGUCUGUGGGAAUUUGUGCUCCUUCACUAGUACAAAAAAACAAGCAUUUAUACGGCUGGGCGCUGAUCGAUCAGUCGGUGUUCCGGUUCAUCCCAGAGCUGGUGAGAGGGGCUGAGCUCAGAGA